GCUAGGAGGGAGGGGUUGGAAAUAGAAUCUUAAAAAAAAAGAAGAGCAUAAAAGAAACAUGAUAAAGUGAAACCUGAGAAUGGAGGUGCCUGAAGAAUGGAACAGCAUAAAUGUAUCAUCUGAUGUCACUGAGCCCACCUGCAUGUACCCCCCAGUCCAAAAUGAGAUGUGCGUGAAGUAUAACAAUGAUUGGUGGAUAGGAAGGCUGGUGAAAGAGGGCUGUGAAAUUGGCUUCAUCCCAAGUCCACUCAGAUUGGAGAACAUACGGAUUCAGCAAGAACAAAAAAGAGGACGUUUUCACGGAGGGAAAUCAAGUGGAAAUUCUUCUUCAAGUCUUGGAGAAAUGGUAUCAGGGACAUUUCGAGCAACUCCCACAUCAACAGCAAAACAGAAGCAAAAAGUGACGGAGCACAUUCCUCCUUACGAUGUCGUGCCAUCCAUGCGCCCAGUGGUGUUAGUGGGGCCGUCACUGAAAGGUUACGAGGUAACAGACAUGAUGCAGAAAGCCCUCUUUGAUUUCCUGAAGCACAGGUUUGAUGGGAGGAUAUCAAUAACGAGAGUGACAGCUGACAUUUCUCUUGCCAAGAGGUCUGUCCUAAAUAAUCCCAGCAAGAGAGCAAUAAUUGAACGUUCAAACACACGGUCCAGCUUAGCGGAAGUGCAAAGUGAAAUUGAAAGAAUCUUUGAGUUGGCAAGAUCUUUGCAACUGGUUGUUCUUGAUGCAGACACCAUCAAUCACCCAGCACAACUUAUAAAGACAUCCUUAGCACCAAUUAUUGUUCAUGUGAAGGUCUCAUCUCCAAAGGUUUUACAGAGGUUGAUUAAAUCUAGAGGAAAGUCCCAAAGUAAGCACUUGAACGUUCAACUGGUGGCAGCCGAUAAACUUGCGCAAUGCCCUCCAGAAAUGUUUGAUGUUAUAUUGGAUGAAAAUCAGCUGGAGGAUGCAUGUGAACAUCUGGGCGAGUACCUUGAGGCGUACUGGCGUGCCACCCACACGACCAGCAGCACCCCCAUGACCCCACUGCUGGGAAGGAAUUUGGGCUCAACGGCACUCUCACCAUAUCCCACAGCAAUUUCUGGGUUACAGAGUCAGCGAAUGAGGCACAGCAACCACUCCACAGAGAACUCUCCAAUUGAAAGACGAAGUCUAAUGACCUCUGAUGAAAAUUAUCACAAUGAAAGGGCUCGAAAGAGCAGGAAUCGCUUGUCUUCCAGUUCCCAGCAUAGCCGAGAUCAUUACCCUCUUGUGGAAGAAGAUUACCCUGACUCAUACCAGGACACUUACAAACCCCAUAGGAACCGAGGAUCACCUGGGGGAUAUAGCCAUGACUCCCGACAUAGGCUUUGAGUCUGCCAAAACAACAACAACAAAAUCAUCUGUUGACAAUUUGCCAUAGCACUGCUAGGAUAAACCAAUCAUCUUAACUUGGCAAGCAUAGCACAGUAUUUACUGUGCUUAUGGGCUGCUGUCAUUUGAUGCUAAGUAAGGGGCCAAAAAAAAAUGUACAUUAUGCCCUUGAAUCUAUGGAUGGAUGUUAGAUGCCCAAUCAUAUAGAUAUUUUUAAGUGCAACAUUUCCAUAAUAACAGUACUUUUUGUUUUCUUCAUAGAUUUAGACACAUCAGUUUGUAAUUUAGGGUACUUAUCAAGGCACAUAUAAAAUAAUUUCCCAUGCUGGAAAUUCCAAAUGAACAGUUCCAGUUGGAACCAAUUUAUAAACCAAUUCCUGUUGGAAUUUGGGUGAAUUGACUAGAAAGUCUACUUGAGCAUGUUGCAAUCAAUUGAAAAAUUUGAAAAAAAAAAUAAUAAGAAAAUCAAUACCAAUACAAGCUAAAACCAGCUAUGGUAUUUAUUUGCUGGAAGUUAAAUUUACACUUAAAGUUGGAAUGUAUAAACAUUUUAAUAUAUGUUAAUGUUGCCAGAAUGACUUUUCAAACUUACCAAAUGUAUUGAUAUUGCCAAAAAAAAACUCAGAAAUCUUAAUGCAGAAAUUAUAUAGUCUCCUCAGAUUUUAAUACUUUUAUUUCUUUCCUGGCACAGCUGUUGUAUUUAAAGUGUUUUGCCUUUUGUUUAGUCAGUACUGUUAGCUCGUUUGAAGGUGGCAAAAAAAAAGCUCAAAGUUUUUUCAGCAAUGAGAGAGAAUAGUAAAGAGAAACCCAAACAUAACUGAUUAUAUGAAAUGGAAAAUGAGGUGUUGUUUUCUUUUUAAUCUGAGCACAACUGCAUACAUCCAGAGAUCUAAAGUCAGGUAGUAAGGAUGUGGUAAGAUCCUCCUGAGUGCAAAGCUAAACACUUUCAGAUGGGAAUUCAUCUAUCCCACCAAACACAAACACGGGGUUAGUACUCCUGCCAGCACAACCAAGUUUCUUUCCACUGCUUUACUCAGUCUUUGUCUUUGAAUAUCUGAAUGUUCUAGCUCUCCAUCAAAUUCUUUAAAUCAUACUAAGGAUUUUUGUUUUACAUGGACUACAUUCAACUUUGAUACUGAAAGCUGUUACAAAUGAUGAAAAGUUUGCAGUGAAAAAUAAACUCACAGAUUAAGAAAAUAUAUGUUCACUAAAACUAUAACAUUUUUAAUGCAGAGAAUGGUAAAGAAUUUGGAGACUGAGCUGCCUGUUUCUAGGGAGCACUUCUCUUCACCUGUUAAAUCUUCAUAGUUUUUCCAGUGGCCGUAAUUAUGGAAUUGGUGAACAAUGUCUUAUAUUAUCAAGGAAGCCUUAGAUUCACUAUGAUCCAAGAAAUUAUUGAAAUUGACCCUUUUAUACAAUACACAAAUGUCUUUACAAAAUGACUCAUUUCUGAAAGUCCACAAUGCAUGCGUUUUCUAAAACCCCAAUAGGACCAGGCAUAAAAGUCCUUUUUUUCUGGUACAUGUCAUUAAGCCUAUUUUUGAAAACAAUAAUAAUUAAUUUUGUAUUACGUUAUUUUUCCCUCAGUAUUAGGCUUUCCUUUCAGUAUUUAGGCUCUCAAAGCAUGCACCAGUUCAAUAAUUUUCCUGAUCAGGAGAAUAAGUUCCACGUUCUUGAUUAGUUACACCUAUCUUGAACCCCAUUAUGAGCUCGCCACAUGCCCUCCUCAUGUUCACUGUGUGUACCCCAUUAAGAACAUGUUUAGCUGAUAAUGAGGAUACCUAUUUUAUAAGUCAUCGCAAAAGUUUGAUACAAUUAAAAAAUAUGGGCUCAGUAAAUUUUAAAAGGUAACGUGAUACUGGCUUUCGAGGUUCUUUUGUCAUCUAGUGAAGCUUUCAGAACUUUCAGUUUAGACAUUUAAAAGAGCUGUAUCCAUUAAGCACUUUAAUAAACAUAUAACCUGCCAUUACUGAAUACUUUGUUAGAACACGGAAGAGCAUUUUCCAGCAAACAAAAAUAUAUUUAUUACAUGUACAGCACAUAUUUGCAUGAGAAAGAAAACAUUAGCCAAAACAUUUUUCUAUAUGCUUUACUGGUUUCUUGUUUGUGCGCAUUAAAGUAUUUAAUUGCAAAGAGUGCACCAAGGUGUAUACAUUUAAACUAGACAACCGUUCAGCCUUUUCUGUAGUAGUGUUAACAAUUUGGUCAUUUAACUACUUUAAGAUAUUUACAUUUUAUGGCAGGUAGCUGUAACAGUAUUUACAUAUAUUUCCUAAUCAACAAGAUUACCAUCUUCUUUCAACUUUUUAAAAGUUACUUGUUUUUAAAGGCCUCUCAAAACCUUGUUUCUAGUCUUCCGUGUCAUGCUGAUAAAGAAAGAGGCCCAUUCAAUGUCUGUGCACAAAACCAAUCUACCGUUUACCAUCAAAUGUCCAUGCCUGUUUUGCUUUGCAUUCUUAUUCAAAAGCUAAUAAUAUUGGAAAGGGUAUAAUGUAUAUUUUCUUGAUGGAUAUACUGAAAUGUUUACUUUAAUUUGGCAUAUUGUUUCUCCUUCCUUUUGUAAUAAGUUUAUCUUCUCCAAAUGAAUAAUAGAUAUGCAUCUUUCUUUUUUAAAAGCUUUAGAAUUUAUUGUAUAAAUGAUACUAAAAUCCAGAUAUAUACUAAGUGAAAAGGUUUAUUUUUGCCAAGCACACCAAGCACCUUUGGAAAGUACAUAUUCCACAAAUACUUUGUUUUUAAUUAAUUUCAUUUACAAAUAGCAAAUUAUUAUAAGCAGGAGAAAUAAGUCUUAAACUGUUUCAAAGCUGUUUUAACUAGAAGUAUAAAUCAUGUCUUAGAAUCAUGUAAUGUCAGUCAGCAAGCAUGUAAAAAUGUAGACUCAUGUGACAAUGUGGAAAUGUAGUGCAGGAAAAAAAAGAAUGCAGUUUGUGAAACCUGAUGUUAAUUCUCAAGGCUAUAAUGUGACUCCAACAUUUAAUCAAAAAUGUUAUCUUCUUUACUCCAGUAUUUAAAACAACACUUAGAAAUGUUUAUAAAUGACUGAUGGUUCUCUUAUCUUUAUACAGUUCUAUUGGAAAGAAGAUUGAAAUUGUUAACAAUUUAAACUGAUGGUCUUUCCUAAUAAGAGAGUCUUAAUUUUGUGACAAUAUAAGUCAUUACAUUUAGUCCUGAAUGAAGUGAAUUUUUUAAAUGUGAAACAAAUUUUGAGAUAAUUAUUUGUUCCCUUUAAAUAAUUUGUUAUUUACUUCAAAUAUUAUUGUUCUUGUUUGCAAAAUAUAUUUUUGGAAUGUUAACCUCUUUUCAUACCUGCAUACUUGAACUUGUCUUUUAUGUGGGGGCCUUAAAAUUCAUAAUAGGAAAGGGUGGCAAUGAAAGGGAGAGAGAAAAGGAAAUUAUGCCAAAAGAUUGUUUGCAAAUUUAAACUCUUUUUAAUGAACAUAUCACAAAAUGUUGUUGAGACCCAGGAUGUCAGUUAAGGAAGUUUUUAGGCAACCUUAAUUUGCAUGCCGGUGUAUUUUCCUAGUUUACAAUUUUAUUUUGGUAUUUGCUGAAAAAUAAAACAAUGUAAUACUAGUACCACUAUAGAAAUUGCCCUAUAUAUUGAUAUUUAUACUACCUCUUCUCUAGAGAAGACAAUCUGUCUUUAAAGGGAAAAACACUUGUCAAUAAGUAGUGAUCAAAUGUAUCACUAUUACUGCUAACCUUGCUGCAAACUAAAUGCAUAAAGUGUUAAAAUAUGCCUUCUCUUUAGAUUUUAAACUGUUUCCAAAUGCUCUUGUCACCCUUUCAUUUCUUCCUUGUUAGUGAAGUUUUCUUUGAGUGGAGUCAGUUUAUCACGAGGAAAGUUAUUUUAACAAUAAGUCAUCAUAGGGAACAAAACAAACUGCAAGGGGAUUGCCUUUGUGUGUGACUUGUUAUAACAUCUAGCUCUAAGUAUAAAAGAAAGUGGGUCCAAAACUUGAUGUUUAAGUGCAGCUGGUUUGCAAAUUCAAAUUUUGUUGAUCGUUGACUUCUGCUAUCAACACCCAGAGUAUGACUUAGCUAUUUACUGGGUAAGGAUAUACAUUAUCUUGGAAACCCAUGUAAUUGGAACAAACUUCAUAUUGAUGUUUCAAAUAAAUGCUUAUGUACUCCUUUUUCCUUUCAUGUUUUUGCCUUUGUCUUUCAUGGACAAUGUUGCAUGUUGUUUUUUUAAAUAAUAUAAAUCUCAUCCUUGAAUGACUAUAUGAAUGAAAAUUUUAUAGGAAAUUAUGUAAUAAAAUCUGUUUCAUUAAUUUCUCAUACCUUUUAAUACUGUUACUAAGUUACUCAAGCUGUGUCUGUGGGGCAGAGAAUAGUUCUCUUUUAAUGAUCCUCAUGAUCAAACCAGUCAAUACAAAUAGCUGUUUGACAGACAGUAAGGAUAACUUUUUCCUUGUUGACUUAUGCAGUCAAGUCAGUCAAAUUAAUAAAAUUGGUUUAUAUGAGCAGACAGAGCUACAGCAUUCAAAAAUUAUUUUUUAAAGGUUUCUUCUUUUAUUAAAAUAGUCUUUCUCAAAUGAAAUACAUCCUCUGAUAUCAACUAUCUCUAUUUGUGGAUGAUUUAAUCCCAAAUGCUUCAUGUUAUUGGGGUAUAUUAUGAGAAGACUAGAAUGUAUCUCAUCAGAUAAUCUUAACUAAGGGCUGUAACUCCCACUUGUUAUGAAAAACAUAUGAAUAAGUGAAUAUAGAUGAGUUCUGGGAGUCAUAGUUACAUAUAAAACUUUUUAUGAUGUAUAAAAUAUUUGCAGAAAGAUGGUAGGAAAUGUUGCUAAUGUAUUUAGGGUGAUUUGGGUAAUACACUGAUACUUCCUCAUUUGAAAAUUAUAAGGAGUUAAAAUGAGAACUAAGAACCAAAAGUAGCUGGCCUCUCGCUUUUCAAUAUUCUGUAAGUGUUCUUGGUUAUGUGUUGAACACAAGUUUUUCAACAAAUCACUAUGUCUAUGUUUAUGUAGGGGCCCCUCUUGCCCUACCUGCAUGCCACUUUCACACACUUUUAACUGAAAUCAGUGUGAAUUCUGUAUGCAUAAGGUAUGUAUUAAAGAUAUGGGAUCAUUAAUGCUAUAUUGUUGCUACUAUUUUUCAUAUGCCUUACAAUAUUUUCUGGGAUGUUAUUAAAAUCAAAGCAUUUUAUUGCCAAAAUAAAUCUAUGUUGUUACUUCUAAUCUGCAUUAGCAGUAGAAAAAUAAUGUAGCAAAACAUAUAUUGUACAGUACAAAAUUAUAAAAUAUAUAUAUAUUUUGCCAAUAAUAUGAAAUUAGAUUGAGGAGAAAGAAGCACAUUUGUUAUAGCACAAACUUACAACAAAAUCCACUGUUAAAUUUGGCAGUCAUAUUUUUUAAAAGUGUAUAGACUUAGUUCUAAGUUUUAUCAGAUUUAUUUCAUCUACCAUCUUUUCAACUUGCUGCUUGAUACUUUUCCAGCAAUUUAUUUCAUAGCCUUGCAAUCUGUGGGUGUAAUUUUUAAAAUUUUAUUUUGUGAUAAGUCUCAUACUAUACUUUCUGUCCUUAUUUCUUCUCCUUCAGUAGCAACUACAAAAAGUUACAGUAAGUGAGCUUGUAGGGCUCCUCUGAAUUUUGGACAUAUUCAAAAUUUUUUAUAUUUUUCAUAGCCUCAAGUCAGAGUGAUCAAUAAAGAUGUCCCAACCAAAAAAUAUUAGUUAGGGAUUCUUUAACUGGCUUUGUACUGACUAUUAUUUUGAAACAUUAUUUAAAGCCAUUAGCUAUGUUUUUGAAGGGAAUGGCUGGAGGGAAUAAAAAAUAGAUAAACUUAUUAGUAUAAAACAUACUAAAAAUAAAUAUGGCAAAAUGACGUAAAAAUAUUUUUCCUAUUCUUCAGAGGGCUGUCAAUAUACCAGGCUAUUGCUAUAUCUCCAGUGAUAAAGUGGGGAAAAAAUUGCCUUUAUCAGAUAUUUUUUUUCUUUCCUUAAAUUUGAGUUAUUUAUUUUAAAAAUUUAUCCCUUUUUAUUUUUCUUAAAUAUGGGUAUGUGUAGCAUUUUACAAGGCAUGCUGGGUAAAAUAUACUAUGCAAAUGUGUACAGUGUUGCAUGUUUUGUUCUUCCUCUGCUUUAGUGGCUUUAAAGAAAAAAAUGUGUUGUUAUUUUUGUGAACAGAAACAUUUAACAAAGAAAAUGCAGAGUGCAUGCAUAUAGUAUCCUAAUUUCUAUGGAUUUGUUUUAUGGAAUUUAAAUGUGUAUAAAACAACUGCGUUAAUUUUUUUCUUUUAUAUAAUAAAUGAAAAAACAUUGAAACCAG